AUAAAUAUCCCAUGUGAUAAUUCAAGGAGGCACCUAGACACGUCCCAUGGGGAAGGGGCGCUUGAGAGCUACUAAUCGGCUUGCGGUGAGAGAAUGUAACAUAGGGGCCGGUGGCUUCAUGCGGGUCGCUUCCAUAAUCCAUUCGUCCUCGCCAUCCGCAUAACUUCGCCGUCCAAUCUCCAAAGUCCAAGAGCCUUUGUUGGAUACUGGAGAAGAGGUUAUUAGGGUUCAUGGUACCUUCGGCUUUUCGAUAAAAUUAGGUCGCCAAAUUCAGACAGUCUCAUGACAAAGCCCUCGGUGCCCGUCGCAAACCUUGAUUCCACCAACAUGCUUCUACGGAUUAAGCAAGAACAAAAGCAAUCGCCACUAGCAGGAGCAGGAACAGGAGCAGGAGCAGAAGCACCACCACCGCCACUGCAAAACCCUGUAGCUCAAGCGAGAGGGGAAGUCAAAAUGGAACUACAAGAAGAAGAAGAAGAGCCCCAAUACAUGAAAUCCAUCAACGAACUCGCUUCUCUCUCCGCCACAAUCCACACCUUCAAAAGCAGAUUCGAGGACCUUAAAAAACACCUGGAUUUUAUCCAAAACGCUAUCGACUCCGAAUUCAAGGAUUAUCAUCACCAACCAGAACAACAAGAGCAGCAGGUGCAGAUUGAAAACAAAUCGGCUGCAAUUUCACAUCCGAAAUCAGUGGGAACAGAUCAAACAGGUUUGACAAAGCCACCAGACACGGAAACUGGUGUCAAAGCCUCUCGCUCAGAGAUUCAGCAUCUCUGCGAAACAAUGUGCAGCCGGGGCCUUCGCAAGUACAUCGCUACGCAUAUGUCAAAUAUAGGGAAGCUUCGCGAAGAAGCCCCUGCGGCUCUUAGGCUCGCGCCAAAGCCUGCGAAGCUCGUUCUGGAAUGCAUUGGGAGGUUUUUUCUGCAAGGGAGCAAAGCGUACAACAAGAAUUCACCGAUGAUUUCUUCAAGACAAGCCUCGGUGUUGAUUUUGGAGCUGUUUCUUUUGAUGUUGGGAGGCUGUGGAGAAGGAGAGGUUGAGAUUGAGUCCUCUGUGAAGGAGGAGGCAGAGCAGGGAGCAAUUGCGUGGCGAAAAAGGUUGAUUAGUGAGGGUGGUGUGGGCAAGGCCAGUGAGACUGAUGCGAAAGGUUUGUUGCUUUUCAUUGCCUGUUUUGGGAUUCCUGCAGCAUUUAAGAGCGAAGAUGUUGGUAAGUUGCUGAGGUUGUGCAAUAUUGCUGAGAUUUCUGAUGCAUUGAAGGUGUCUCGCGUGCUUGUCUCAAAAAUGGCAGAUAUCAUGGAUGCUAUGGGGAAGAAUGGAAUGCAUGUGGAAGCUAUUGAUAUUGCUUACACCCUUGGGAUUGAGGAUAAGUUUCCUCCCCAGACAAUCUUGACUGCAUACUUGCGAGAGUCCAAGGAAGCAUACAAGAAAGCAAGACGAGAUGCACAAAGUUCACCGGUAGCACUGAAAGAAGCAAACGAAAUGCAGUUAGAUGCUCUAAAAUCUGUUGUCAAGUGUUUGGAAGACAGGAAGUGGGAUCUAACAAAGCUUCUCGGCGGAUGGCAAAUUAAAGAAAAGAUGGUCAAGUUGGAGAAGGAAAAUGCUGAUCUUGACAAGAGGAUUGAAGAUGCAGCAAGGACAAAGAGAAAACUGGACGAAAUGGGGUCCUCAAGUAAAGUGAAGGUAGAAGCUAAACGUGCGCACCUUGCAGCCCAAGGAUCGCCCAUGUUGAUAUCUCCUAAUGUCAAUAGUUUGCAUGAGCGGCGGGCAGCUAUUUUUGCAGAUGGCAUGAGGUCGUAUGAUAGUUUAGUGCCAAAAUCUUUGGAAAGUGGUAUUUCUGGUCUCAGCAGUUAUUCUGGUAUGCAUGCAGCAGCAAUCGGAGGUAGUGUGGUCCCUGGAGCAGGUGCGCUAUCCAUGAGUUCAUAUGCUGGGGCUCGUGGGGACAUUGGGGUUGAUAAGCUUGGGCAUAUGACGAGCAAGACAGGUCAGUCGUAUGGAUGGCAUGGGGUUGAUGUCUCCACAGCAGCAUAUACAGACAGGCCACUUGCACAAAACACCCUCGGGCAGUCUGCAUCAAAGGUGGCUGGUGGUUUGUUUGGACCAUUGCCAUCUGUGGAGGGCUUUGCUGGUCUGCCAGAUUUUGCGCCCAGUGGCGCUUCUAAUCGAGCAUCAGCAUCUGAUCUAUACCGGUUUGCUGAUGAUGUAGUGGAAACUGAUCCUUAUGGCAGUAGCUCUCACAGGCCUGGUGCUCUGCCCCCUGUUGUCCCUGCUCGCCAUCCUUCUUACAUGUAUUAACCAGUUGAAUUUGCAGCACAGCACCAGGUUUUUGGACUUGAUUUUCUAUUUUAUAGAGAAUUUCGUAGCUAGGGACUUGGCAUAAGCUUGUUUAUUUGCUUUUACUCCAGACAAGCAGGUUGCUUGGCAUGUUCAAAAUGCCUCAUAUUGGGCUUUCCCUGGUUCAAGCAUUACAUAAUUAUUACUGAAUGGGCAAAUAGUUUUAAGUUGAACAAA